GUCGAGGAAGGAGCCCGAGCCCACGAGUUCGAGCUUCGAUUUCCUGGCGUUGCGGCCAACGAAUCCGGGCUUGGCUUCGCGCUUCUUUUCUACUUGUAGGAAUCUCUGAUACGCAUAAUAUUGAGGAAGGAAAAGUUUUGUUUGAGGUUGCAUAUUUCUAUUACAUUGUGCUGAUUUCCAUACAUUCAGUGGGUUCUGGCUUGCUAAAAAUUCAGUCUGAGAUGGUGAUUCCUUCUGUAUUGCCAGCAAAAUGUUCAGUUUUCCUUCAUCAAAAUAUUCCGUUUUUAUCAAAGUUUCCGGCACACUCUGCUACCGGAGUUGUUCACCACAAAGCCCUUCCUUCAACAUCUAGAACAAUUCAUAGAGCAAAGAUAAAAUAUUUUCCUAGAAGCCAUUUUGGCACCAAACUAGUGGUGUCUGCUGCAAAGAAUGAUCAAUUGAGAUUUGGUGAUGAAUUCCCUCAGGAGCCUUUUUGGCUGAGUCUCAUCACAGACGUGAUAUGGGGAGUAAAAUCUUUAUUUGCAUUUUUGGUUGAGCAACCGAGCCAGUUGAAGUACAUAGAAUGGCCGAGCUUUAGUAAUACGGUAAGGACUGCUACUCUGACUCUUGUCCUUGUUGCACUGCUUAUUGUGGCACUCGCAUCAGUUGAUUCUGCUCUCUGCUACAUGUUGGCCUUGGUUCUUCGAAAAGCCUAAUAAUUGACAUCGCAAGACAAAUUUUACAUGUGCUCUGUAAAUGUUACUAGCAAUUUCAAAGUAGAGUAACCAAGUAUAAGCAAAUUUGCUUGUUUGACUUUAAUGUUGAGUCUUUAGCAUGUGAUGCUUGUAGAAUUGCACUUAGAAGAUAUCUAUAUUAGCAUUAAUGGUACUGAAAAAAUUCAACAUCUGUCACAUGAUAGGUCUGAAAUUGUACUAAUAGGUGCCCUUUCUUGGUGAAAAAAAUAUUAACUGUACAGGAGUAUAAACUCCACAAAAUUUUCUGAUCUGCCUACUUAAACCUUGAUC